CUAAACAUGGCGGAAAAAGUUGCGAAAGAAGAAGGAGAAACACCAACAUCUUCAUCCAAGUUGGAAGAAGUCGAUGCAAAUGAUGACCAUCUUAAUCUUCUUGAAAGUGACUCAUCGGAGUCGGAGUCUGAGGGUAGGAGAAAAAAAGCGGAGCCCGAGAAGAAAGCAAAAAAGGAGUACAAAGAUGAACGAAUCAAUAAGUCUUUGUCAGAACUAGCGAAAGAAACUGUCAGGAAGUAUCAAAAUAAAAGUUGUGGAAAUUUUGUGACCGGCUUCAACGUAUUAUCAAAGGAAAGUAAAGAGAAGCGCACGAAUCGAGCCAAGAGAUUUGGAAUUAAGACUCCACCCAAGUCAAGCAAGUCGGAUAACCUCCACGCGGUUGUUUUACCAACUGGUUCUACCAUCGGUGGGCAAAGAGUUCGGCCUGAAGCUAUUUUCAUAUCGGGUGUUGACAAAAUGAGUACGCAAGAUGUCUUCAAUUACUUUCACGAGUACGAUCCUUCCUCCAUUGAAUGGAUCAAUGAUUCUUCCUGCAAUGUUGUAUGGUUGGAUCCCCAUUCUGCUGCCAGAGCGUUAUACAACAUGAGUCAGCCUCAGUGUCUACCAGCACAGAUACCGCAGCCACCGCCACCCCAACCUGCUCCCCCACUGGAACGGGAACAGCAGGAACCCGAACCAAUGGAACAAGAGGAAGAAGAAGACGACGAUGACAUUCUGGACUUGGUCAGCGACCGGGAGACCGGCGAGCAUGAGAGACAUCGACGAAGCACCAGCCGCUCCCCGAACCCUUCCUCCGCUCCUCCAAGUCCGCCAUCUUCAAUAGGGCAAUCUCAAGGAAGAGUUAUUGAUGAUAACAGUACAAUGGAUGAUGAUAUGGAUAUGGGUCCAGUACAUCUGAGUAGAGAAGAGGCAAGUAGGACAGCCGUACCAUGCUCAUCUGCACAGAGUGAUUUAGUUAUAAGAUACGCAACUACAGAUGACAAGAAGGUAUUCGACCCUCACCAUCGCAGUCAGUACUACAUUAAGUACGGAAACCCUAACUUUGGAGGAAUGAAGGGCCUCAUCAGUGGAACAAUGAAGAAGAAAAUAAGAGAGGGUAAAAUUGUCCCUGGUCAACGCAAGCGUCGCCUUGGCGACGAGGAUGGUUCAGACGAUGAGGAAAGGCAAGAGUAUGCACGGAAACGCCGUAACCACGGACAUUGGAACGGGGAGUCGGAGAGACAUCGCAGGAUGGAAGAGAGGGAUUCGGAUGCGGACAGCGUCGAGAUGGACCUGCAGUUGGUGACAAAAUCCGCAGGGCCGCGGAAAAUGAUGAGGAUGUAUGCCGACGAUGAGGAGACCCAGAGUCAAAGCAGGAAAGAAGAACCCGAGUCAAGACCACAAAUUGCAGACGCCAGAGAGAGAAUCAAAAUCGGCCGCCCCUCACUGAGCAGCAGAUUGGGCUACCACGCAGCAGCAGCAGCGGGCAGCAGCAGCGAAAGCAGUGGGAGUGAAAGCGACAAUGGCGGCGAGUUCGCUUCCGGCAGCAUCCCCAACCUUAAGAUCAUGGUAGCUAAUGAUCAAGACUCGUGGGAUGAUGACGAUGACGUGGAUGAUGAUGAAGACGGAGAUGAGGAGGAACAGCAGCAGAGAGGAGUCCAGGAUCUUCGAAGUCGUCUUGAGAGUCGACGGACAAACAGCAAACUCCGCCCGUCGCUGUCGAUACAAGUGGAGCAAGAUCUUUUCUAGUGUUUGUGAAACGUGACCCCCACUCUCCCACAAGAUAUGAGUUCAGUCCUGAUAUGAUGGUCACAAAAUGUUUAAACAAUACCAAGGGCAUAUUUCAUAGAGAUGCUUAAGGGCACUUGACACC